ACACUGAAGUGCACCGACGUCUGUGGUCAUUAUACACAGGUGGUCUGGGCGGAGUCGUAUAAGGUCGGUUGUGCGGUGGUCGACUGUCCCGGAGGUGUUCGUAACACGGACUUCUCACACAGACCAGGAGCCAUUUUCAUCUGUAACUACGCUACAGCAGGGAAUUAUCAGGGAGUUCCUCCGUAUAAACGAGGCCCAGCGUGCAGUCAGUGUGGAGGAGAACGCUGUGAGGAGAACCUCUGUCGGAACUCCACUCGAGACUCUGAGACAGGGAACUCCACCCCAGACUCUGAGACAGGAGAUAAGUGGACGGCAGGAGGAGUGAGAUAA